AAAUUUAAUUAUUGUAAUGUUCAACAAGUUUGAAAAGUGACGGCCGUGCUCCUGUAUGGUCUUCAGCAACAAGUGGCCACUGAAAAGCUGUGAUCAAAUACGAAGUUCCACGUAAAACGUGCAGAGUAAGGUGUCAUCAGCGCUUGGGGAAACUCAAACUCCAUCACCGGCAGUGAAAUUGCAACAACUUCAGAGGCAAGUCGAGAAGCUGUUCUAGUAGUAAUACAAAUUACAAAGUUGGUGAGUGUCGGUGCACUGUAAGUCAAAUAUACCAUCAACUAUUCGCGUUAAAAAUGAUUUGGAAUCAACUGCUCUUGGUGACUCUGCUUCAAUUGAUCUACGUGUCAACGAGGUCAAUAGAGUCUUUUGAAACGCCACAUUGGCUGGAGCAAAUCAAUGAUAUUAUACGAGAGGCCGACCUAAUAGCGGAAAUUAAACAACUGGAUGGUGACAGGCUACCUUACUACCACAACUUACGCGAAAGCGAUAUAAGAAUUAAUGAAAAAAGAACGUUUCUAUCGUCGUUGAAGUCAUCUUCAGAGAAAAGAGCAUUAUCGAUGUUUGCUCGUUGGGGUCCAGUUAACACGAUCGGAAAAGAUCGUAAUCCCAUCAGGAGCGGUUACCCUCCUAAAACUUCCGAUUCAAUAAGUACCCAAACCCGAGGACGAAUGCUGGGUCAACCGCUGCGGUGGGGGUAAAGUGCAGAUUGUGCCAUAUGACGAACAAAUGAAUUUCUAAAAACGACGAAAAGCACUAUUGGCAUUCCUUUUAAAUAUACUUUUUAUAGUUUUUUUCCUUAGAGCUAUAUUAACCUGAUAGCAGAGAGGUCACUCAUCUCAUGGCACAUGUCCAUGAUGUAGAGGUGGCGGAUUCUGACUGGAAUCGUUCAGUAUAAUCGAGAUUAAUUUGGUAUAUGCACAAAACUGUCUAUCAUCCAACUUAUUACUAGUAUAUGCGAAUAGUUUCAAUAAAGUAUCAUAGCAAUUGAUUGACAUAUAUAUCUUUUACACGUUAAAGUGGCUUACCUUGUAAAGUCAUAUAUAAAAUUUGACUGUUAAAGAUUAGCGUAAUAAACGAAUUCAUUUU